CAUUUGGAGAGCAUUAGCAUUUAGUAAAUGCUUCUCUAAAUGGUUUUUUAACAAUUGUUGAUCGGAUAAUGUAUAGCAUAAUGCUAAUGUUAAUGCUCUACCAAUCAAUGCGUUUGAUUAUGCUUUCGUUAAUACCCCAGGUUUCUCUAUAUAUAGUGACAGUAAUUGUGAAUGUUGAAACCAACUUCUUUUACCAAUAAUACCUUUGUUUUUGAUCUUCUUCAACUUUCAACCAACCACAACAAUGGCAAACUAUCUUCCAGAUUCCUUCACCACUUCCACUAAAUCAAGUCUAAUCGAAGAAGAAGGACGACUUGCUGAUGCGAGCUUGCAAGCAGAGAGUCUUGUGAACACAAUGGCCUUCCUCAUGGUUCUCAAAAGCGCCUUGGAGCUUGGCGUCAUAGACACAAUUGCGUCCGUAGAAGAAGGCGUGUGGCUCUCCUCUUCUGAGAUUGCGUUUCGUCUCCCAACCAAACCAACCAACCCGGAGGCACCGGUUUUGUUGGAGCGGAUGCUGGUUUUACUAGCCAGUCACUCACUUUUGAAGUACCGUAUGGCUGGAGCGGGAGAAAACGGCCGAACCGGAAAAAUGGAGAGGGUAUAUGCUGCUGAACCGGUUUGCAUGUUUUUCUUGAACCGUGGAGAUGGGUCGGGUUCUCUCGCGUCUCUUUUCAUGGUGGCCUUAAGCGAAAUCUUUUUCAAGAGUUGGGCACAUCUCAAAGAUGUGAUAUUAAAAGGAGAAGAUGCAUUCACCUCUGCGCAUGGCAUGAAAAUCUUUGAAUACACUGCUUCAAACGAACCAUUCGCUGAGUUAUUUAACCGGGCAAUGUCAGAAUAUUCUACACUGACCAUGAAGAAAGUUCUAGAAGUUUAUCGGGGAUUCGAAGAUGUAAACACUUUAGUUGAUGUGGGAGGAGGAAUUGGAACCAUCAUAGCUCUAGUGACUUCCAAGUAUACUCAUAUUAAGGGCAUCAAUUUCGAUAUACCCUCGGUUUUAGCCCAUCCUCCUAUUUAUCCAGGAGUGGAGCAUGUUUCAGGAGAUAUGUUUAUAGAAAUUCCAAAAGGGGAUGCUAUACUCUUAAAAUGUGUCCUACAUGAUUGGACCAAUGAAGAUUGUGUAAGAAUUCUAAAAAACUGUUGGAGAAGUCUUUCUGAAAGAGGAAAAGUAAUAAUAGUUGACAUGAUUACGCCGAUAAAACCAGAGAUCAACGACAUUUCUUCGAACAUUGUGUUCGGCAUGGACAUGACUAUGUUAACACAAAGUUCGGGUGGUCAGGAGAGGUCUUUCUCCGAGAUCCAGGGCCGGUCCUGGGUAAAGCCGGAUGAAACAUUCGCCUAGGACCUCCAAAUUUUUUGAAAAAAAUUACAUAAAAUAGGCCCCCAAAUUUUUUAAAAAGGUUCCUAAAUUUUUUUAAAUUUUUUUUUCAAUGAAAUUUUUACGAAUAUCGCCUAAAGCCCCCAAAAUCUCGGGGCCGGCCCUGCCCAGAUCGAGACUCUAGCCUCUGAUUCGGGCUUUCUUCGAUGUGAAAUCAUAUGUCUUGCCAACUCACAUUGCGUUAUUGAGCUCCACAAGUAGAUACGAAAUGUUGCGAAAAGACGAUCAUCAUCCGUUCAUGUGGACAACUGUAUGCACUAAAACCUGGUAUUUCACAUAUUCAAAAAUAAAUGUUCCAGGCGCUUUAUUUUAAAUGUGUGUAACGUUUACCGUUUAUGUAGUGGGUUAUUUUCAGUUUUCAAGAUCAGGGUGGCUGUUUUUUCCGACUAAAAACUUCUAUUUUAUAUAGACCACAUUUGUGGUGGUGACCACAUUUUAAGAAAAUAAUGAUGAUGAAUUUGUUUCCUCAAAAAUUGAUACCAAUUAAGUUGAAAUAUUUGUCAGAUUAAAUAUUUCUAAAGAUGGAUGUUCCAUGAUCAUAACUUGGAAGAAAUGUGCUAUUUUAGUGAAAUCAACCAUACACUCUACCAAUUUAUUGAGCUGUCACUCUGGACAAAGAUUUAUAACACAGAUCCAACAAAGGCAGGAAGGCACAAAGUUUGCCUACUUGUAAGCUACUUGCUUGCUUAACCUACUUUUCUAAUCAGGCCAUUUUGUUAUCGUAUGGUAGGCAGGAGCAAAGAGUCAGUAUAAGUAUAAAGCACCAAGCGUUUUUCAUGUUACCAUUAAUACAAAAUUAUACUAUGCAAUGGUUAAGAGUAAGACAUUCACCGGAGUCUAUAUAAAUGUCUUAACAACACAUUAAAAAAAAAACAAAAUAGGUAUUGCAUUCUAAAAACAUAAAUUUAAAAAGAAGAAAGAAAAAAAACAGAAAACCGAAGCUGGUUUACCAUAUAAUUACUCUCUCAAUCACCCUGUCAAACAAAAGUAUAUGCUUCUUACAAUUCAAA